AACAAAUUAUGUUACCGACUGAAACCCCCACCAUAUUAAAUUUCAUGUCGUAUACGAAGAGAAAAAUUGGGAAUUUAAAAUAAAAAAGUUUUUAUGUAAUUUUAUUCGUUAAUAUAUUAUGUCAUCAUCGAUUGUAAGAAAUGCACUCUAUAAAUUCAGAAAACCAACUCGAUGGGAUAAAGGUAUUGGAGCUAAAUUGCCAGAGGCUUACAAAAAAUUCUGGACAGAAUGGAAAAUAAAGGAACCAACCGCUGUUCAUUAUAUCAAAGAAGAGGGUAGAUGGAAACGAAAUGAAGUUACAGGACAGCCCGAACGAAUCGUAAAUAUUGCUCUUCCCCUCCUUUAUCCCAAGGAAUUGGAUGAAGGAAUUUGGGGUGGAGAAGCAAUAGUUGAAGGUUAUAUAAGGAAAAGUGAGAAACUUCCAAUUGUUCCUAAAUUCUUUGUUCCAAGAUUAUUGAAAUCUGUUGUGUACAGUGAAGUACUAAAUACUUAUAUGAGAACAAUCAUAACACGUAGAACUAUUGAUUUAAUUCAUGAACAUUAUGGCUUUGAUCAUUAUCUAUUAAAAACACCAGCUUGUGAUUUACGGUCUCAAUUAGCUCUAGGUUUAAAAAGAAAAAUACUUAUAGCUCUGGCUGAUAAAACUCUUUAUCCAGAUGAUCCAGUGAAACGUGAAGAAGUUUAUGAGAAGUAUAAAGAAUACUUGAAAGCGUACACGAGAGAAGAAAUUGAAUGGUAUGGAUUAAGUUGGGUGGAAGCAUGUGAAAAAUACAUCAAAGAAAAAGAAAACGCCAAAGUCGUUGAACCCUUGAAGAAGAAAUACCGAAUUGAUUUGAUAAAUGAAUUGAAGAAAAUCAAAUUAGGAGAGCAAAAAGAAGCUGAAAAAUUGGCUUCUCAAUCGUGGCUAGAAAAAGUUAAUCCUUUUGCAAGGAGUGAAAAGAGUUAAAAAGAUGAUUGAGGUAUGUAGUCAGGUGAUACUGAAAAAGUAUUUUUUUUUUAUCUCGAAGAAGAAAUUGGCGAUUAAAUACCAUGAAAAUAACUUUAAAUAUGAACAAUUGUUUGUUUCUAGAAUAAUUAUUUGUAUUUAAACAUUCAAUACAUCAUACAGCUGUCAUCUGACUUUUUUAACAUAGUUAAGAUACUUGAA